UUUUCUCUCAUACAGGUCAGUAAAUGUGUUCUCGCGAGAAACGCGUGCCACUCUGCUGGGCAGGUCGCUGAAGAUCAUGCACAAGACAUUGAAGCUAGCAGCAAUCCCAACAGGCAUAGGCCUGAGCCUUCUCCCUUUCCGAGUUCACGCUGGAAGUGAAGAUAAGCAGGGUGGCAUCUCACUUAAAGUUGAAGAGCUUUCCCUUUAUACAAAACCAGAGGAUGAUUAUAAAUAUGUUGUGGAGACCACAGAGCUGGAGGAAAGUAUUUCAACAGUCAGGAAAUCUGUGGAGCCAUAUACGACUUGGGUUCAGGAUUUUCUUACAGUAUUAAAGCCAAAAAUUGAACAUUCUGUCCACUUAGGAAAAGAAAGUUACGAGUUUCUGAAAAAUCCACCACCAGGAUUUUACCCUCGUUUUGGUGUCAUAGGCUUUACUGGCAUCAUUGGACUCUUUCUAGCAAGAGGUUCUAGAAUCAAGAAACUAAUUUACCCAUCAGGGCUAAUGGCCUUGAGCACUUCUUUGUAUUACCCACAACAGGCUGUUACUGUGGCUAAAACUACAGGAGAGUCACUUUAUGAAUGGAGUUUGCAGAGCUAUGUUACCUUAGAGUCACUUUGGAAAGAAUAUACCUCAGAAGACAGUAAUAAAAAGAAAAACAAAAAGAAUGAAGGAUCACAUUGUGAAGAAGACAGUCAGAAAAAUCCUGUGAGUGAGACAAAGAGCUGAAUAUGUGAGACCUUGAAUUGGAAUGGCUGAAGCAGCUUUCAGGAUCAACCAGCAGUCUUUGCAUUAGUACACUCCUUGAUGAAUUUGGCUGGAUGACUGACACUCAGGGAGUUGACAACUUUUACAGGUUCAUAAUCUGCACUGUGUUAUAGGCUAUUUAAAAUACUGUGCAGUUACAAAGUUGGUUUUAAACUUACAAUGUAAUUAUUAUAAAUAAAAUGUGUACAGUAUCAAA